AUGAAUGGAGGCUUCGGUUGGUGGAGUCUUUCCCCAUUGACCAUUAAUUCUGCUAAUCCUCUAGGGCGACAUAUGUCCAGGCUCUUUCAAUUACCGAUGUCCAUUAGGAGAGUUGGGGGGGAGGAGGAGGGAGGACUAGGAAUAUGUAAAUUGGACCCCCGUAUCUUGCGCAGGGCUAGGAGAGAAGUGUGGGUAAACGGCAGGCCAGGUCUGGCGAGAGAUGACCUAUCGGCUCUCGACAGAACCGCCUCGCUUUUCCCCCUUGAUUUACCGCGGCUCGGUUGCUCUCUCUGGCGACCAUCAUUCUUUACCGUCAUUUCUCUCCGUUGA